UCUCAAGAACUUUUUUUUGUUUUUGCAAUCAUUUCUUGCAGAUAUCUUUUUUUUCCAGAUAUAUUUUUCUAUUUUAAGAUGAACCUACAUAAUUUCAUUAUUAUGUCAAUACUGCUGAUGAUCUCAGAGGGCUUUCAGGUGAAAGGUCCCUCUGGUCCUCUGGUUGUUCCUCUUGGAGGUUCAGUGGUUCUGAACUGUUCUGUUGAUAAACCCUUACUAAUGGAGGGUCUGGAAGUAGAAUGGAGAAGAGCAGACUCCGAGAUUCUGGUGCAUCUGUUUCAAGAUGGUAUGAGUAGAUCAGAGGCCCGGCACCAGGAUUAUCAUGAUAGAGCUCAUUUCUUUACUGAGGAGAUUCGACAUGGAAACUUCUCCCUCCUGUUGAACAGUGUGAGAGCUGAAGAUGAGGGAAAAUACAGAUGUAAAGUCCACAGUGACCAGGAGUCUGAUGAAACUGUGGUUGAAAUAAAAGCUGAGCGUUUGAUAGUAUCAGGAUCAAAUCGCUCCAUAUCUGCAUAUGCGGGUGAGGACAUCACUCUGAGCUGCUCUGUGGACUCUCACAUCCCACCUGAAGAGAUUGAAGAGGUUUCAUGGAAGAAAAAAGAUAAAGAUGAAUUAAUCCUGGUUCUCCUCUACCAAAACCAUACGAUUGAAGCCGAUUCAGCAUAUGAGCGAUAUAGAGACAGAGCUGAGUUUUUUACGGAUGAAAUCCCCAAAGGAAACUUCUCCAUCAGACUGAAGAAUGUCAGAAAUGAAGACAAAGGAGUUUACAUGUGUCAUGUGUUUGCUAGAGGUUUAUCAGUCAAUGCAACUGUAGUAUUAGAACAACUGGUAAAUAUCUCUGUUGUUUUCAGGUUUUUCUACGUUACACAUAAUGGUGUUGAUUCUCUGCAUUACUGCAUCUGGAUCUACACUUCUGCUCUGCUGUCUAAUCUACUGCAGAUCACAAGAUAA